AUGGAGUCAAGGAAGGUCUCUUUGAGUGCUAAUGCUCUGAUUGGAGGCAAAUGGAGACUUGUACGAAAAAUAGGCGGUGGUUCAUUCGGUGAUAUAUAUCUUGGACAAAAUAUGUUAACUGGGGAUGAAGUUGCAAUUAAAUUAGAGCCUGUGACUGCCCGACAUCCUCAACUGCUUUACGAGAGCCGAAACUCAUCAGGAGUGCCGCGGGUUUAUUGGUUCGGACCUGACGGUGUAAGUAAUCGUUACAAAGCCAUGGUUAUGGAUUUACUCGGUCCAAGUCUUGAAGACUUAUUUACUUUUUGUGGACGUAGAUUUUCAGCAAAAACGGUGUUAACUCUAGCGGAACAGAUGUUGUGGCGCAUCGAAUGUGUUCAUUACAGAGGUCUUAUUCAUAGGGACAUCAAGCCUGACAACUUCUUGAUGGGGAUCGGUCCACACUGCAACAGAGUGUUCAUUGUAGAUUUUGGAUUAGCCAAAAGAUUCAGAGAUCAUAGAACGAAAUGCCAUAUUCCAUAUAGGGAUGAUAAGAAUUUAACGGGUACAGCACGUUAUGCUAGCAUAAAUGCACAUGCUGGUAUCGAACAAUCUAGACGUGAUGAUAUUGAAUCUCUUGGAUAUGUCUUUAUGUAUUUUCUCAGAGGACACCUUCCGUGGCAAGGACUAAAGGCAAAUACUAAAAAGCAAAAGUACGAACGUAUAUAUGAGAAGAAACUAGCUACGUCACUUGAAGCCCUAUGUGUUACGUCUGGCCGGUUGUGA